AUGAGUAAAGAUAUUGAGUUGCCAGUUAGACGUGGGGGUUCUCGUUUGGUAAUACCUGAUGUUGAAGAUUCAAAGAAAGUUGACCCUGUCGUUGGCUAUGCUGAAGAGCCACUUUUAUCACUUUCAGAAGCAUGCAUACCAUUAGCUCUUCUUGUCCAUAAUCUAAUGGCAUAUGUUUCUAUUGCUCUGGAACAUACUCCAAUGGAUCCAGAGCAUGGUCUAACUCGUGAUGAAUCAGCUGCUAUUUGUCUUUACACAAUGGAGUGGAAUGAUGAACAUAGAAGUUUCUAUUCCAUUCUCAAUGAAACACUUAGAAUAGCCGAUCACGAAAACUUAAGACCUUGGUUCAAAUAUUUGAAGCUAUUCCUUACUGAUGUGAUCAAAAUACCAUGUAUAGAUCAACAGACGGUGUGGCGUGGGAUAAGAGCAGAUCUUAGUCUUAAGUUUCCACAAGGAACUCCAGUGAUUUGGUGGGGUUUCUCAUCUUGCACAUCAAUGCUUCCUGUGUUAGAAAAUGAUCUUUAUUUGGGUUAUCAGGGUCCAAGAACUCUUUUCUCUAUCGAUGCCAUUAAUGCUAGAAAUGUCCGAGAUCAUUCAUUUUAUCGCAACGAAGAAGAAAUUUUAUUGUUGCCGGGAACAUACAUGGAAGUACGAUCACAAUUGAAUCCAGCUCCUGAUCUGCAUAUCAUUCACUUGAAACAAAAGAUACCAGACAAGAUGUUACUCGAACCUCCAUUUGAAGGUAGGCUGAAAAUCUAA